AUGGGGCGCUCUGGGCGCCAGUUCCGAGCCCUGCUCUGGAAGAAUUGGCUCUGCAGACUCAGGCAACCGGUCCUUUCCCUUGCUGAAUUCUUCUGGCCAUGUAUCCUGUUCAUGAUUCUGACAGUACUUCGUCUUCAAGAACCUCCCAGACACACAGACAAUUGUUACUUGCAACCCCGGGAUCUGCCUAGCCGGGGUGUUCUUCCCUUUGUCCAAGGCCUUCUUUGUAACACCGGGUCCAGGUGCAGAAACAUCAGCUAUGGAGGGUUGAUGGAGCACCAUCUUCGGUAAGAGAAACACAAACAUCCUUUCCAGAAUUCCCAGAAACCUGAUGCAUAGAACAGGCAUCAUGCUUUUCGUAAAGCCUCAAUAAUUUGGGACAGGUUAGAGAACAUAGAAAGUAUGGAAUUUAGAAAAAAGAACAUAAAAUCAGUUUAUUAUUACAGGGGAAACUCAUCAGAUUCUUCUUAUGGUUCCAGUUUUUUAACGAUGGAUCUCAAUAAGACCGAGGAGGUAAUAUUAAAAUUGGAAAGGCUCCACCAGCAGCCUCACGUCUGGGAUUUUCUGCUUUUACUGCCGAGACUACACGCAGACGACGUCCACGCGGAGGACGGCGUGCGUGCUACGGUGCACUUGCUCCAGACGGUUUCGAAUUUCUUAACAUCCCUAGAAGAUUUAGAUUGGCUGCAACUCAAUCAAACUUUCUCUCAUGUUUCUGAAAUGGCACUGAAUGUGACCAUUUCUACACUGAUAUUUCUGGAGCAACAUGGAGUAGCAAUUCCCACAGACAGCUCAUUAGAGAGGAUGGUGUGUUCAGCGUUGUCCAGCACAUUGGAGGAUGAUGCUGAGAGAGAGGGCCACCGUGGAGACUGUCACCCUAACUGGUCAGAAGCUAAACACUAUCUCGUCCGUGCGGUCAGCUGGCCGCGAGUCUACAAACAGGUGUUUAAUCAGUGGCAACAGGGUAGCCUGUUUCAGAAGAUACUCACAGGCAUGGUCCACAGUCUGGAGGCUCUCAGGGGCCGGCUUGAAGAAGAGGGCAAGCCGUGGAAGGUGGUGGAAGCUUUGCACACUGGGCUGCUCCUCUUGAACGAUAGCUUGGCAGUGGAUGGCCCGAGAGACAAUCUUACAUCUCCAAAGAUAUUACGGCAUCUGCAGAAAUUGCAGAGCGUGCUGCAAAACCUGCCCCCGUGGCCGGCUCUGAAGAGAUUGCUUCAGCUUGAUGGAGCUCUCAGGAAUUCAGUAGCCCAGAAUUUACAUUUUGUCCAAGAAAUCCUCAUUCGCCUGGAGACAUUAGCUAAUGAUUUUAAAUGGGUUGGACUUGACCAAUUGAAACUGGAAAAGGAUGUGUUCUUUUGGGAGUUAAAGCAGAUAUUGAUGAAGAAUGUUACUACUCUCUGCCCUGAUGAAUACUUGUCUGAGAAGGAGACCCUCCGACCCCCUGGAAACUCCAGCAUCUGGGGUGGCCUCCAGGGACUGUUAUGCCAUCAUAAUUCCUCCAAUGAGACCAGUGUUUUCAGCAAACUAUUUGGUUCAGUAGAGGAUGCUGAUCAUAUUUUGCAAGAGGUCAUUACUGGGUACAAAAAUAUGCCAGUUUUAAUACCUGAAGGAUAUUUGGACUGGCAGGAACUUGAGACACAGCUGUCAGAAGCAAGCUUCUCCUGUACUCAGCUUUUCCGGUUGCUAGGAGCUGAAGCCUUACCUGGGAGUGAUGUCUUUUCUGGUAGCUGUAAGCACCAGCUUGUCUCCACAGUUAUAUUUCAUACACUUGAAAAAGCACAAUUUUCCCUGGAACAAACAUAUUACUGGAAAGCCUUCGCAGACUUUAUCAGGAAGACUUGUGAGGUGGCUUGGUAUGUGAAUAUGCAAGAGACUUUCCAGAACAGUCUGUCUGCUUUCUCUGAGGAAUAUCCUUGUUAUGAAGAAAACAUGGAUUGGACAAUCAUCAGUGAUAAUUAUGUUGCAUUUUUAAAUAACUUACUCAAGUCUCCAAUAGCUUCCAUAUCCAGGGCCUUAAAUUUCACAAAGCACCUUCUAAGGAUGGAAAAGAAAUUGCAUACCUUUGAGGAUGAACAGAUAAACUUUCUUUUAUCAUUUGUGGAAUUUUUGGAGAAAUUACUAUGGCCUAAUCCUUUUGACUCAUCCAGUGUUCCCAAAUUCCAUAACCUCCCAUUUCUCACUGAGGAUAUUAUGAAUACAAGUAUUUUGUGGAUAAAUCAUUUAAAAAGUUUAGAGAGAGACCCAUCUGCCAUUGAUUCUCAGAAACUUUUGGAAUUUAGCAAAGAAGUGAUUGAAAAAAUGAAAACUCUUGAAAGUCACUGGAAAAGAAAGGAAUCAAGAAAUAUUUCGAGAUUCAUGGAGUUAAUCCUUUUUGAAAUUAAUCCCAAGUUAUUAGAAUUAUGGCUAUAUGGAAUUUCAGAAGGAGAAAGAGCUAAAUUGAAAAACUUCUCUGAAAUUUUAAAUUUUUCUACUCCUAAAGAUGAGAUUAUUAGUAAAAAUUUUAACUUUUCCCACAUGUUCCAUUCAAAUUGGCCUAUAUCACCAGCUAUGAACAUGGAUUUUGUACAUUUAAGUGAAACUAUAGUAAAUAGUCUCUAUGAAUUUGGGUUUCUGAGGCAGGAACAAGUCUCAGAAGCUCUGGACACAGUCUAUGCUAUAAGGAAUGUAUCUGACCUUUUCUCAGCUCUUCCUGAACCUCAAAAACAAGAAGCUGCUAAAAUUUUGACUCAUAUCUACUUAAAUGUCUUCAAAGACAAGGAUUCAGCUUUAUUUCUGCAAAUGUAUUCUUCAGUUUACCAAUAUAUUUAUGAAUUCUUGAGCAUUCAGAAUAGAGGGUCUUUGCUAACUUUCCUUACACAAGUUUCAAAACGUAUUUUGGAUAUCGUAAAGCAAUUUCAUUUCCAAAACAUUGGUAAAGCAUUUGCAUUUUUAUCUGAGACAGCAGAGUUUCUUGGGGGAAUUUCUAACAUAUCUUAUUGUCAGCAAUCGCUUUCAAUUUUUAACUUUUUGGAGCUUCAAGCCCAAUCCCUAAUGUCUACAGAGGACCAAGAAUUGGAAAUGAUCCAUGCUACUUUGACAGGCCUCAAACAGCUGUUCACAGUAGAUGAAGAUUUUCGCAUUUCUUUAUUUCAAUGUAUCAGCCAGCUAUUCAAUGGUUCAAUAGAAGCCCUGUUGGAUAACAAAUGCUUUGUUUUGGAUAGUAAACACAUUUCUUCUGUGAAUUAUUCAACAGAUGAGGGGUCUUCAUUUACUCUUCCAUGGGCACAAAUUUUUUCAAACCUCUCAGCAAAUGUCAGUGUUUUCGAUGAGUUUAUGGCUGUUCACUGUACUGUUUCAUGGCUUCAAGUGUGGAGUGAAAUCUGCGGAAGCAUAUCUCAAAUAUUUAAGUUUGACAUGAAUCUUUUUACUUCUCUUCAUGUUGGUCUCACUCAGCUUUUGAAUGAAUUUGAAAAUGCUGUGAAAAUUUCUAAAAGCUGCCAGGGAAUAUUUGCUACUCAUCAUGUUGCCAGACUCAUAUUAAAUUUGUUAAAAAAUGUAACUCAAACUGAUGACUACCAUGAUUGGGAUGAUUUCCUGGAUCUCAGGGAUCUUUUGGUAGCAUUAGGUAAUGCAUUAGUUACAGUAAAAUCACUUAACCUGGACCAGGUGGAGAAAUCCCUUUUCACCAUGGAAACUGCCCUGCAUCAGCUGAAGACAUUUCCAUUAAACGCAGGUACAAGCAGAGAGUUUUUAUAUUCUCUGCUUGAAGUUUUCAUUGAGUUCAGCCAUACCUCAGAAUAUAUAGGUAGAAAUGUAGAUUUGAUAAAUCAAUCUCUUUCAAAUAAUUUCACAAUUUAUGGAGUACAAUUUGAGAGUGUCAUCACUGAGCUAAGAGAAACAAUAUUAUUUCUUAGAAAUGUGUCGCAUGAUCGAGAUUUAUUGUCCUGCAUUGAUAUUUUCCAAAAUGUUACUGACUUGAUUUUAGAAAAUGGCUUAUUGCAUAUAAAUACCUCACAGAGGACGUUUCAUAUUCUGACCAUGUUAAAUUCCACAUUUUCCUCUGAGAACACAAUUAGCAGAUUGAAAGGAUGCACUGCAUGGGUAGACAUCAUAAACCAUCUCUAUGUGAUGUAUAACUCAAGUUUUUCACGAGGCCAUCUUCGAAGUAUUUUAGGGAGUUUCAGAGAUAAGGAAAAAAUGAACUCCAUAUUGAAAAUUGUAACUUCAAUGUUAAAUGUAAAGGGACCUCUUUGUUCCUUGAAUGAGUCAAAUACAAAUUGUGUCAAUAUUUACCUGAAAGAUGUAACUGACUUCCUAAAUAUUAUAUUUACCACAGUCUUUGAGGAAGAGAAGGUACCAAAAUUUGAGAUUUUAUUAGCUCUUUUAAAUCAUUCCACAAUGCAAGUAAAGAUGAUUAUCAACAACUUAACAAGAGAUUUUGAUAUUGUAUCUCAAUCCAACUGGAAACAUUUUACUGAAUUAAUUCUAAGACCCACAGAAAUGUCAGAUGACAUUUCUAACCAGUUUCAAAAUAUUUGGCUGCAUUUAGUAGAACUGGGGAAGGAAUUUCAGAAAUUUAUGAAAGAUAUUUCCUCUAACAUCCUGGAAAAUAAUUCUUCUUCUAAAACUGAAAAGUUUUUUAGUAUAGUUGCCACCAGUCCAAAGGAAAAGUAUGUAAGGAAUUUGGGCAAUUCCAUUUAUCAUUUAGCUAGUUACUUUGCCCUCAACUUAUCUCAGGAUCGCCAAAAUUCAUCAAAAGUAAUUUCACGUGACACAAGGAAAGGUGUGGGUCUUGGUAUUCAACUGAUGAGGGAUGUGUUCAACUCCUUAAUGCCUGUAGUUCAUUACAAUAUUCCACAAAAUACAAGCCAUAUUCAAGUUUUGAAGAGGGUAACUUCUCUCAUGCGUACUCUCAAGAAGGCAGACAUAGACCUGUUCGUAGAUCAGCUUGAACAAAUGAGUGCAAACCUAGUGGAUUUCUUCAAGAACAUCAGCAGGGUAGGAACUGGAAAUUUAGGGGCCAACUUGUUUGUUGGCUUGAUGGAAAAGUUUGUAGAGAGUUCACAUUCUUGGAAUGUAAAUCAUCUACUGCGGCUCUCACGCCUGUUUCCUGAAGAUGUUGUGGAUGCCGUGGUGGAUGUGUACCACACGCUUCCUCGUGCCGUAAGGCUCCUGCAGAGGGUGGUUGAUAAAAAUAUCACUGAGGGCCUCAAGGAUGUCUAUAACUUCAUGCUCCUUCAUGGCAUAAGCAUUUCAAACAUCACCAAAGAAGACUUUGCUGUUGCGAUAAAAACCCUUUUGGAUACAAUUGAAUUAAUGUCAGAUAAACCAGAUAUUGUUUCAGAGGUUUUGACUUGCCUUCCUGUGAUUUGGUGCUGGAAUCAUACAGCUUCUGGAUUUCAGCAGAAUCCAAUGUUAGAAGCAUGUGAUGUCCAAGGGCCUUCUUCUCUUUAUAGCAAAGUGGCCAGUGUACUUGACCACCUUCACCUGUCUCACCAAGGUGACGAUUCACAGUGUUCAGAUGAAAGCUCCCGAGUGGAAAUAACUAGGAAAGUGGUCUGUGCAAUUCAUGAAUUAGUGGAGUGGAAUUCCAUUCUUCUAAAUCUGUCUGAAACUUCACUUAUGAAAACUGUGCAAGAAUUUUGGGACAAAGUAUUACCAUUUGUCCCACCUUCUGAAAAUAACAGCAUCUCUGAACUUUGUCCUGGUAGUCCCAUAAAGCAAGUUGCUUUGGAAAUCACAGAAAAACUAAAAAUUGUCAACUUUACAAAAAUUACAUCAGGUGAAAACAUUCUUGACAAACUAGCUAGUUUGAACAAAAUUCUUAACAUUAAUGAAGGGACAGAGCCACCUGUUCAAAAUAAUAUUUCCUUGAAUUUGGAAAAUAUAAUAAAAUUGAUUUCUGAGGAUUGGAGUCUAGAAAAUAGUACGCAUUACUUACUCUCUUCGUUCAUGAUGCUUCUGAAUGCAAAUCUUACAGGUAGGAGUUCAGAAGCAUUAUCAAGUUUUAUUGAAAAAAGUGAAGCAAUUUACAACUUUGAAGAACUGAGGCUUGAGUUUGAACAAACUGUGAAACACCCGAAAGACUUAACCCAUGACUUCAGUGUCAGGCACCUGUUCUCUGAAAUGAACAAAGAAAUCCAAAGUAUAAAUUCGGUGGCUCUUCAAAACAUAACUUUGCAACUUGCCCAUUUUCUGAAAAUCUUGGAUUCAUCAUCAAUAAAAACAUUAGAAAUAAUUGAAGAUUUUCUAUUAGUCACAAAAAACUGGCUUCAUGAAUAUGCAAAUGAAGAUUACUCCAGAAUAAUACAAACAUUAUUUAUUCUUAUGGCUAAUAAGAGUUCAACUGACGACAUAGCUUUGUGGACUAAAGAUAUUAUUACCUUUUUCAGCUCCCUAAAAAACAUUUCUAGAGAAGGUAAUUUUGAUGUUGCCUUUCUUACUGAUCUGCUAAAUCAAGAACAGCUAACUAAUUUCUCAGUUGUUCAGUUGCUUUUUGAAAGCCUUCUAACUAAUUCAAUCAAUAACUUCGCUGGGAGUUCUCAAGAAGCAGCUACAAAUUUAAGUGAUCCUGACCUUCAAAUAGUGAAUUUCAUUAACCUUGCCUUGGACCAUAUACAGUCAGAAGCUGGUGGGAAAAUAGUUCUCCCUCCAAGAAGCAUGGUGGAUUUCAUAGAACAGCUUUUGAAAACAUUCUUCUCCCUUUUACUAAAGGAAAAUUCCAAGAACAAAAUAUCUCUUCUGCUAAAAGAUUUCCACAAAGACAUUCUUGCAGAGAUAAGUUUUGUUCCAAAAGAUAAAAUUCUAGAAACUCUGAAACUGGAUCAAUUUCUUACCUUGAUGAAAGAAAACAGAUUGAAGAGCAUUUUCUCAAGUUUAAAGGAGACUGUAUAUUAUAUAAUCAAAAGCUUAUUUGUAUCGGACAAUGGAGAUUUUGAUAGUCAUCAGGGACUAGAGUUCAUGCAGGAUUUAGUUAACACCCUUCCAAGGGAAACCUCCAUGAAAAAUAAGGCUGAAAAUAAUUUGGACUUUUUCACAGUGGUGUUUUAGUUGCUUUUUCAUGAGAAUAGUUCUGAGGACCUCUUCGAACUCAAUCAAGACGUUAGGUCAGCUCUUCAUCUUGUGAGCGAAUGUUCCACAGAGGUGGCAAACCUUGUGGCUACUCCUUUCAACUCUCCUAAUAAGGACUUCCAUACCUUGUAUCCUAUACCCCAAAAAGUUAUGCUUGGAUCUGAUUUGUUUUUCUUUAUAAUUAAUUCAUUUCCUCUAAGAAACAGAGCAAUGUUAGAAGUUACUAAAAGAAUACCCGGUGUUAUUUCAAGAGCUGGUGAAGAAAGUCAUGCCCUGGAACCCCUUUUAGAAAUGUCUAGGACUCCGGUCAUGCUGUUGAAUGACAGUGCUGACCUGAGGGAUCUUGCCACAUCAGUGGACUCCACUGUGAAACUUCUUAAGCUGACCAAGAAAGUUUCGGAGAAGAUCGCCAUAAUUUUUAAAACUGAUUUCAUCUCCAACACCAAGGAUGCUAUGAAAUUCUUUGAUACUCUCUAUUCCAUCAUGCAUCAAAGUGUUCAACCCCUUGUGAAGGCAAUAUUAAUAGUUACUUGGAAAGAAGUAGAUGAUUUGGUAUUUGAAAAGAUAAAUGCUUUGUUGACACCAUUUCUUGACUUGGCCUUUGGAAGGAUUGGAGUCAAACCUUAUAUAUCAGAGGACUCUGAUGUUUUCAAUAUGUCAUCUAACAUACUCUCAUAUGUGAACCAAUCUAAGGACUUUUCUGAUAUUUUGUAAGAAAUUGCUGAAUUUUUAACAUCCAUGAAAAUCAAUUUGGGAAAUGUGGAACAUCUUGUGGUAGCAUUUAAUAAUGGGUCCUAUAUAUUUUCUAUGGAUUAUGUCAACUUAUGGGAAGAAAUUCUAGAUUGCUUAGUUCCUAUAAAUAACAUCGCCAAUCAAAUGGACUUCUUACAUUCCAAUCCAACUUCCAGAAAUAGUUGCCCUCAAGAUAUAAGAUGGGAAAUAAUUCAUGAAGUGAUCCUUUUUUUGGAUAAAAUGUUAUCACGAAACAGCACAGAAAUAGGGUCUUACUUGAAAAAGGUGAUUGAUCUCAUCUUAGAACCUCUUUGGAAUGGCUUAAAGAAGAAUAAUUGGGAAGUUUUUAAUCUGUUGACAUUUACUCAGCAUCCAAAUAAUCUUUUGAAAAUGAUAGAAACAGUUGUAGAGGCCUCCAGUGGAAUUAAAAGUGGCUAUGGAGGUGAUUUGAGUAAAGUUUUAUUUUUUGACACAUCUUUGAUUCAGAAUAUAGCUCAUCAUCAACUUGAAAAAGCAAUCCAGAUUGUUUUAAGUAGACUAGUUCUCUGGAGGAAAGGGCUUCUGCCAAACAACUCUCAGUGGAUAAAUUCCAUGAGAACUUUGUUUCAGCCAGUUUUUGAGAUUUUUAUUUAUGCAACCACUGGAAAGAAUGUCAUGUCAGAAAAAGAAGACAAGACCAAGGAAGAGAUGAUUGAUUUUCUUUAUAGCUUCAAACCAUUAUCAUGUUUCAGAAAAUACCUGAGGGGAUUAUUUGUAUUAACUAAAUACUGGCAAAAAAUCCCACUGACAGACCAAAGUGUUGUUGAGAUGUGUCAAAUUUCCUGGCAUCCUGUGAAGCCUCCAGCAGCCAUCGAGAUGCUGCAGAAAGUGAAGAUGAUGGUUUUGCGUGUGCUCAUCAUCUUUGCAGAAAACCCUUCCUUGAUCAAGGACAUUUUGUGUGCCACUCUGAGUUGCAAGCAAGGUGGGAUAAGCCAUCUCAUCUCCUCUGCUAUACAAGCGGUCACUUUGGUGCACGACCACUAUCAGGAAAUUGAAACGAUAUGGUCCUCACUCAAUCAACAAAAUUGUGAAAGUCUUAGCAGGAAUCUCUCUAGCGCCUUGGAAAACUUCAAAAGCAGCUUGGAAAAUGCCACCAACCAGGACUGCACAUGCCAGCCCGGGCUGGAAACCCUGCAGCAGCGCAUGCACACGUUGGCCAAAAGCCUCGAGGAUUCUUGGUCGUCAGGGAAUCCCAUUAUGACUUUUCUUAGCAAUUUCAUAGUCACCAAGGAUGUGAAAGUAAAGGAUUUGAUGAAGAACAUCACCAAGUUGACUGAGGAGCUUCGAUCUUCCAUUAACAUCUCAGAUGAAACUAUCCACAGUAUUUUGGAAGCAAACGUUUCCCACUCCAAGGUUCUCGCUAGUGCCCUCACCCUCGCUCUGUCUGGAAAGUGUGAUCAGGAAAUCCUUCGUCUCCUGCUGACAUUUCCUGAGGAUGAGAAAUCUUGGCUCGCAACAAAGGAGCUCUGUGGUCUGCCGGGGUCAAAAGUGUUUCCUCUGAUUGUGUUGAUGAGUCGAAACCUGAACUUGCGGACUUUCAUUUACAAGACUCUGAUACCUUCUGAAGCAAAUGGUUUGCUCGACUCCCUGUUGGAUGUAGUUUCCAGCCUCAGCUUGCUGCUUGCCAAAGGCCAGCACGUCUUUGAAUACCUUCCCGAGUUCAUUCACACAUUUAAACUCACUGCCUUGCUGGAUAUGCCGGACUUUCAACAGGUUUCACAAAAUGUCCAGGCCAGAAGUUCAGCCUUUGGUUCUUUCCAGUCUGUGUUAAAGAUGAUUUGCAAGGACCACACGUCAUUCCUCAGCAAUUCUAACAUGUUCAUUAAUUUGCCCAGAGUUAAUGAACUCCUGGAAGAUGACAAAGAAAAAUUUAAUAUUCCUGAAGAUUCAACACCGUUUUGCUUAAAGCUUUAUCAGGAAAUUCUGCAGUCUCCAAAUGGUGCUUUGGUGUGGUCCUUCCUGAAACCUGUAUUACAUGGAAAAAUACUGUACACACCAAACACUCCAGAGAUUAACAAUGUCAUUCAAAAGGCUAAUUACACUUUUCAUUUUGUGGACAAACUAAAAACUUUAUCAGAAACACUGCUGAAACUGUUCAGUCUUUUCCAGAGAAGUGGAAACAGGCAAAUGUUUAACCACCUGCAGGAAGCCCUGAGAAACAAAUUUAUAAGAAACUUUGUAAAAAGCCAGCUGCACAUUGACGUAGACAAACUUACUGAAAAACUCCAGACAUACGGAGGGAUGCUGGAUACGAUGUUCAACCACGCGUGGGCUGGGCGCUUCCACUUCUUGGGCAGCAUCUUGGUCAAUCUCUCUUCCUGUGUGGCCUUGGACCGUUUCCAGGCUGUGGAGUCUGUUGACAUCCUGGAGACUAAAGCACAGGAGCUCAUGCAGCAGAACAACUUCUUGGCCAGUGUCAUAUUCAACAGUUCCUUAUUAGGCAAGAACUUCAGAUCACAGAGCCUCAAACUGCCACCCCAUGUCACAUACACAAUUCGGACCAGUGUCUUAUACAGCAUGAGGACAGACGUGGUAAAAAACCCUUCUUGGAAGUUCCAUCCUCAGAGUCUACCGGCCGAUGGGUUCAAAUAUAACUACAUCUUUGUCCCACUGCAAGACAUGAUCGAAAGAGCUAUCAUUUCGGUGCAGACCGGGCAGGAAGCUCCGGAACCCGCAGCGCAGACGCAGGCGAUGCCCUACCCCUGCCACACCAGCGACCUAUUCCUGAACAACAUUGGUUUCUUUUUUCCACUGAUAAUGAUGCUGACUUGGAUGGUGUCUGUAGCCAGUAUGGUCCGAAAGCUGGUUUAUGAGCGGGAGAUCCAGAUAGAAGAGUACAUGCAGAUGAUGGGCGUGCACCCAGCGAUCAAUUUCCUGGCCUGGUUUCUGGAGAACAUGGCUGUGCUGACCAUAAGCAGUGCCGCUCUGGCCACCAUUCUGAAAAUAAGUGGCAUCUUUGCGCAUAGCAACGCCUUUAUUAUCUUCCUCUUUCUCUUGGAUUUUGGGGUGUCGAUUGUCAUGCUGAGUUACUUCUUGAGUGCAUUUUUCAGCCAAGCCAACACAGCAGCCCUUUGUACCAGCCUGGCGUACAUGAUCAGCUUUCUGCCCUACAUAGUUCUGUUGGUCCUACAUAACCAACUGAGUUUUGUCGUUCAGACAUUUCUGUGUUUCCUCUCAACAACUGCCUUUGGACAAGGAGUAUUUUUCAUUACAUUCUUGGAAGGACAAGAGGCAGGGAUUCAGUGGAAUAAUAUGUACCAGGCUCCAGAACAAGGGGGCAUGACAUUUGGCUGGGUUUGCUGGAUGAUUCUGUUUGAUUCAAGCCUUUAUUUUUUGUGUGGAUGGUACUUCAGUAACUUGAUUCCUGGAACUUUCGGUUUAAGGAAGCCAUGGUAUUUCCCCUUUACCGCCUCGUACUGGAAGAACAUGAGUGGCUUGCUGGAGAAAAGUCGGAAUUUUCUAAGUUCUGGACUGUUUCUCUUCAAUGAGAACUUUGGGAACAAAGGGUCAUCGCUGCCAAACAGGGAAGGAGAGCUUGAAGGAGGUUCCCUGGGAGUCGCCCUGGUGUCCGUGACCAAGGAAUACGAGGGCCACAAGGCGGCAGUCCAGGACGUCACCCUCACCUUCCACAGAGACCAGAUCACCGCCCUGCUGGGGACCAACGGAGCUGGGAAAACCACCAUCAUAUCCAUGUUGACGGGGCUCUGCCCUCCCACUUCUGGAACCAUCACCAUCAAUGGCAAGAACCUGCAGACAGACCUGUCCAGGGUCAGAAGGGAGCUAGGGGUGUGUCCACAGCAGGACAUCCUGUUGGACAACCUCACCGUCCGGGAACAUCUACUACUCUUCGCUUCCGUAAAGGCGCCUCAAUGGACCAAGAAGGAGCUGCACCAGCAAGUCAAUAAAACUCUGCAGGACGUGGGGUUGACCCGGCACCAGCACAAACAGGCGCGGACGCUGUCCGGAGGCAUGAAGAGGAAGCUGUCCGUGGGCAUCGCUUUCAUGGGCACGUCGAGGACCGUGGUUCUGGAUGAACCCACCAGUGGGGUGGACCCUUGCUCCCGUUGCAGCCUCUGGGACAUUCUGCUCAAGUACCGAGAAGGUCGCACGAUCAUCUUCACCACUCACCACCUGGAUGAAGCUGAAGUGCUCAGUGACCACGUGGCGGUUCUCCAGCAGGGCCGGCUCAGGUGCUACGGUCCCCCAUCCUGCCUGAAGGAGGUGUAUGGCCAGGGGCUCAGCCUGACACUCACAAAGCAACCUUCUGUUCUGGAGGCCCAUGAUCCAAAGUACGUGGCUUGUGUUACGUCUCUGAUACAGAUCUAUAUUCCACAAGCAUUUCUCAAAGACAGCAGUGGGGGUGAGCUGACCUACCACAUUCCCAAGGACGCGGACAAGACUUGCUUCAAAGGGCUCUUCCAGGCCCUGGAUCACAACCUCCAUCAUCUGCACCUGACGGGCUACGGGAUCUCAGACACCACCUUAGAAGAGGUGUUUUUGAUGAUUUUGCAAGAUUCCAACAAGAAAUCUCACAUUGCCCCUGGGACCAAGUUAGAGCUGCAGAACCAGGGGCCCACAGGACGUCAUCCUGGAGGCUGUGACUUUCGAGCCAGGCCCCCGCCCAUGCGCGGCCGCCGGCUGCUCCGCGCACAGAUGGCCGCGCUCCUGGUGACCCGGCUGCGCCACACGCGCCGCGCCUGGAAAAGCAGCCUCUGGCGCCUGCUGCUGCCCGUCCUCUUCGUGGCCCUGGCGAUGGGCUUGUUCAUGGUGAGGCCCCUGGCCACCCGCUACCCUCCCCUCAGACUGACACCUGGCCAUUACCAGCGGGCCGAAACUUACUUUUUCAGCAGUGAGAGCGAUGACGUGGACCUCACCCAUGUGCUUCUGCAGAAAUUUAGGGAUCAAGAUCUGCUCUGUGACGAUUUAAACACAGAUCUGAAGAAUUCUUCGUGCUGGCACACGGAUCCUUUUUCUCACCUGGAAUUCCAGGAUUCCUGUGGCUGCCUGAAGUGUCCAAAUAGAAGUGCCAGGGCGCCCUACCUGACCAGCCGCCUGGGCCACACGCUGUUGAACCUCUCAGGCUUGGACGUGGAGGAGUUCUUGCUGCUGCCCUCUGAGAAACCAAGGCUUGGAGGUUGGUCUUUUGGAGUGCGAAUCCCCAGUGAAGCUCGAGAUGCGAAUGCAAACAUAUCAAAUCCCAAACCUCUGGCAAAGGUGUGGUAUAAUCAGAAGGCUUUUCAUGCCCUACCUUCCUACUUAAAUCAUCUAAACAACCUGAUUUUGUGGCAGCACUUACCCCCUGCCGUGGACUGGAGACAAUACGGAAUAACACUCUAUAGCCAUCCGUACGGAGGGGCCUUGCUGAACGAGGACAAGAUCCUGGAGAGCAUCCGCCAGUGUGGUGUCGCCCUCUGCAUUGUGCUGGGAUUCUCCAUCCUGUCUGCAGCGAUCGGUAGCUCCGUGGUGAGGGACAGGGUGACCGGAGCCAAAAGGCUGCAGCACAUAAGUGGCCUUGGCCACAGGACGUACUGGUUCACUCACUUCCUCUAUGACAUGCUCUUUUACUUGGUUUCCGUCUGCCUGUGUGUCGCCGUUAUUGCCGCCUUCCAGUUAACAGCUUUUACUUUCCGUGAGAACUUGGCAGCCACAGCCCUCCUGCUGGGACUUUUCGGAUAUGCAACUCUUCCGUGGAUGUAUCUGAUGUCCAGAAUCUUCUCCAGCUCAGACGUGGCUUUCAUCUCCUAUGUCUCAUUAAACUUCAUCUUUGGCCUCUGCACCAUGCUCAUGACCACCAUGCCCCGGCUACUGGCCAUCAUCUCCAAAGCUAAGAAUUUACAGAACAUCUAUGGUGUCCUCAAGUGGGCGUUUACUAUUUUUCCUCAAUUCUGCCUGGGCCAAGGACUGAUAGAACUCUGUUAUAAUCAGAUCAAAUACGACCUGACACACAACUUCGGCAUUGAUUCCUAUGUGAGUCCCUUUGAGAUGAAGUUCCUGGGUUGGAUCUUCGUAGAAUUGGCCUUGCAGGGCACAGUUCUUCUCCUUUUGAGGAUUCUGCUGCACUGGGAUCUUCUGCAGUGGUCAAGGUGUGUUCUGAAGGGCUCCUCCUUGAAUAGCACUGGCUCUUGUAAAGACCAUUGUGAAUUCCUUAAAAUUGGAUCUAAAUCAUCACCGUUAUGCUUUGGGCUUCUCGGGGUGAACGGAGCCGGGAAGAGCACGACCUUCAAAAUGCUGAAUGGGGAAGUGCCAGCGACGUCAGGACAUGCUGUGGUCAGGACGCCCACGGGAGCUGACGUCGACCUGUCUUCUGCUGGCGCGGCGGGCGUGCUCAUUGGCUACUGUCCACAGCAGGAUGCUCUGGACGAGCUUCUGACCGGUUGGGAACACCUUCAUUAUUACUGCAGCCUACGUGGGAUUCCAAAGCAGCACAUCCCUGAGGUUGCCGGAGACCUCGUGAGGCGCUUACACCUCGAAGCCCACGCGAAUAAGCCUGUGGCCACCUACAGUGGGGGAACCAAGCGGAAACUCUCCACAGCGCUGGCCCUCGUGGGGAAACCUGACAUUCUUUUAUUGGAUGAGCCAAGCUCUGGGAUGGAUCCCUGCUCUAAGCGGUACCUGUGGCAAACAAUAGUGAAGGAGGUUCGGGAAGGCUGUGCUGCAGUGCUGACCUCACACAGGUUUGGUGAUGGUUAUACAGUCAAAGUUUGGCUCUGCAAGGAAACCAAUCAACACAGCCCUGUUUCUGACUGCCUGAAGCUCUAUUUCCCAGGAAUCCAGUUUAAGGGACAGCACCUUAAUUUAUUGGAAUAUCAUGUGCCAAAAAGAUGGGGAUGCUUAGCCGACUUGUUCAAAGUUCUAGAGAACAAUAAGACCUUCUUGAACAUCAAGCAUUACUCCAUUAACCAAACCACUCUGGAACAGAUAUUUAUUAAUUUUGCUAAUGAGCAGCAGCAAUCUCCACAGCCUACUCUUAUUCCAUCCACUGUUUAUCAACACCCACAUCACCUGCCCAUCUAA